AUGCGCUGUCGUGUCUGCCUCAAGGCAGGUCAGUCUCUAUUGGAUCGUCCUACAAGCUCGAAAAUAGGUGCAAGGGUGUUCUCCACGUAUCUAUCGACUGUCAAAGGAUCUUCGAUCAACCACCACCCACCUCUAAGCAAUGUGGCUGCUCCUUAUGAAACGGCAAAGAUGGGGUGGAAUCAGAGGUCCAAUCCACCACUUCAAAGGUAUAUUCAUACGGAAACGAAGAAUGAGGAUGCUAUCUCAAGGUGGACUGAACUAGGCAUCUCUCGUCCACUGGCAGAAAGAUUAAUCUCUUCUUACCCUCAUAUCAUCCAACCUACACCAGCUCAGAAGUUAUUUCUCCUAGCUGUAGGAGCAGGCAAGGAAGUUUAUCUGAAAGAUGAUAUGGGUCGAGGCAAAACUUUGGCAUUAGCAUUAUCAGCCAUGAAUAUUGCUCUGAGAUCCCAUUCGAAUACGAAUACGACACAAAACGGUGUGAAAGUGAUGAUUAUCGUUCCUACACCUCAUCUAGCUCAACAGGUCCAUCAACACCUUGUGAACUUGUCAUCCACCGAAACCCAAGAAUCAUUCACACUUAUACGGUCCAAUUCCAACCAUCCUUCUCAAUUCUUUGCACAAACUUCAGCAAAAUCACAUUCGAAAUUAGAUUUACCUAAUAAACCUAUAAUCAUCUCUACACCAAAAGAUCUACAAUCUUACGAUCUAUCUCCCAGUUCCUCACCAUCCCUACGAUACAUAUUCCUAGACGAACCCGAACAUCUCAUUGGUCCUAUACCUUCUCGACACUCCACCUCUCAAAUGUUGGUUUCUCAUCCCCUCUUUCGUCAUCCUCCACCGAUCGUAUCUACUUUAAACGAUUUGUUGAAUAUCCUUCCGGCCGUACCAAGCAGAAGGCAGAAGGAAGAAGGAGGUAUUUUGGAUUAUUCUGAAAGGAGAGAUGAGAUAAAUACGAUAUGGGUAUCAUCAGGUAUGAAUAAAGAUUUGAAAAGGUUAAUUAAGAUUAGAGGUUGGAUAAGGAAGAGUAAUAGGCACGUUAAAGAUGGAUUGAUUGAUUUGGAUUUCACACAAGGGGCGUCGGAUAAGUUGAAAGAUGUUAGAAAGAGAUUGUUGGAUGCGGUUGAAGAGAUGAUCACCAAAAGGUCUUCUACUCAGACCAAGGAGAACAAAAAAGUAGCAGGAAUAGAGGAUGAAGGUGGGGUUGGAAAAGCAAAUAUAGAUGGACAUGAACAAAUCGAACCUGAACAUUACGUGUUGGUGAUUGAUUCUAAAGACGGAUCGAUAACUUCUCUCAACCUCCAUGCACCUAUUUUGCAAGACGAUCUGACAAAGGAAACUGUAGAUGAGAAUGGGGAAGAUGAAGUGAUUCGGAAAAGGGAAAUACCAAUCGAGAUGAUUGAGACUCUAUCCCUAAUUCAUGCCACCACUUCUUCUCCCUCAAAGGGAUAUUCAUUGAUAUUACCUCCAGAGGGUAUAUCGUUGAAUCUCUUAUCGGAAGAAUUGGCUAAUCUCGGUAUAUCAUCUUUAAUCUUAACUCCGGAUUUGGUCGAUAUCUCACUUUCCCAACUCGACGAAUUGCAAAGACAAAAUAGAGGUGAAGGUGAAGAAGAAGAUGGUGGAUUACCUUUAUUAUUAGGAACUAGAAGUUCCAUACCUGGUCUUCAUCUCCCUGAACUUCAGACGAUAUACCUCCUCGAUGGAUUGGACAUCAAGGGAUUAAGUAAGAAACAACGUAAAUCCGGUGGAGUGAAGGAUAGGUAUGGAUGGUAUAGUCUAGUCAAAGGAAGAUUGGGUAGAUUGGGUACUAAGGCCAUCGGACGAGAAAGACAGAGGGUAGUUAGUCUGGUUAUGGUUGGGACGGAAGAGGAAAUGAGGUUGAGAGAGCUAUUUGGAAAGAAUGAGAAUGCGAAUGGAACGAAGACGGAGUUGAAAGAUUGGGAUAUGAAAGGUUUGGAAGAUGCUUUGAGUGAGAUGAUGCAUGUUGAAGAUGUACCCGCUGGGCUGGAGAUGGAAGAGGAUGUAGGAUCGCAAGACAUGAUGAAAUUUGGGCAGGAUCAACAUGGACUGAAUGGACAAGGAAUGUCCGGGGAGGAAGCAGCUCAGGCUGAUGUACGAAAAUAA